UUAUUAUUCGUGUAUUGCUUUGCAACUCUAGCAAGUGGUGAGCAGUCGGGUCGUUGCACAAUCAAAACCAAUCGAGCUGGACUCCCUCAAAUAGGCUACGAUGAAGGCAGCAAAUGAGCCUGCCUAUCUGACCGUGGGGACGGAGGUCAGUGCCAAAUACAGAGGUGCCUUCUGUGAGGCAAAAAUCAAGACUGUUAAACGGAUGGUGAAGGUUAAGGUGAUGGUCAAAGGAGACACCACCUCGCAAGUUGUUCAAGAUGAUCAAGUGAAAGGACCAUUAAGGGUGGGCUCCACAGUGGAGGUGAAGAGUGCAGAGGGGAUCUGCAGUGAGGCAACCAUCAACAAACUCACAGACGCCAGUUGGUACACAGUGGUGUUUGACGAUGGGGAUGAGAAGACACUCCGCAGGACGUCACUGUGUCUGAAGGGAGAAAGACAUUUUGCUGAGAGCGAGACAUUGGACCAACUGCCCCUAACCAACCCAGAGCACUUUGGCACCCCCGUCAUUGGGAAGAAGGGAAACCGCGGAGGGAGGAGGUCAUCUCAGGCUCAUGCGGACGAUGACAAGGAGUCGUCUUCCAGUGAAGAUGACAAUGAGGACAGGAGGAGGCUAAACGAUGACCUGAUGGGUAAAGUGGCCAGUGUUCAGACUGGGACAGAGCGGACGUCCUGGUACCUGGCCCUGGUGAUAUCACCCAGCUGCAAUGAUGACUUGACAGUCAAGAAGGACCAAUGUUUAGUCAGAUCAUUUGCAGACUCCAAAUUUCACACUGUGGCAAGAAAGGAGAUCCAUGAAGUGAACAUGGACAGUAUCUCUAAAGCGGAGUUCUCACCGAGGAAAGGGUUGGAUGGGGCAGUGCAUUUCCUCAAGACCAAGGUAGUUCCUGACAGUUGGAAGAUGGACAUGAGUGAGAUUUUAGAAUCUUCCGGCAGUGACGAGGAGGACACAGAAGGAAAGGAGAGUGACGACGAUGAGGAGGAUGAGGAGGAGGAGGAGGAGAAGGAGGAGGAGGAGGAGGAGGAGAAGGAAGAUGCCAAUGAUGAGCCUGAGGAUGAGGCGGACCCAGAGGAGAGGGAUCACUUCCUGCAGCAGCUGUAUAAGUUCAUGGAGGAUCGAGGGACGCCAAUUAACAAGCCUCCUGUGCUCGGCUACAAGGAUCUGAACCUCUUCAAGCUCUUUAGGCUAGUCUACCACCAGGGGGGCUGUGACAAAAUUGAAAGUGGAUCUGUGUGGAAACAAAUCUACAUAGACCUUGGCAUUCCCGUCCUAAACUCUGCCGCCUCCUACAAUGUGAAGACUGCCUAUAGAAAGUACCUGUAUGGCUUCGAGGAGUACUGUCGCUCAGCCUGCAUCGUCUUCAGGACCAUCCACCACAGCGAGGGUCCGCCAGCUUCCCAGUCCCAGACAGAAGAGAAGGCCGCCCAAAUCCCUGAGGUGAAGGAGUGCCAGGGCCCAACACCAUCUGUCAAAAUUGAGUCUGCUGUGGCCAUGGAGGACAAGCCUGCCCAGGAGGAGGCGGAGUCGGGGAGCGAGAGCGACAAAGAUGUCUCUUCUCCCAGGGGGAGGAGACGGUGCACUGUGACCCCGGUCAAAGCUGAGGUGAAGGAGCCCUCAAAGCUGGAGAAGAUCAAAGAGAAGGAGGAGCAGAGUGGUGUGGGGGAGACCAGCGGAGAGGAGACUGGAGGUCCGAGAGACGGCAGCAGGUCAGAUGGAGGGGACACCCCGGGGAACAGACGCAGCCGACGCCUGGAGGAGUCCGAUAAAGAGUCUGAGGACGAGGAGUUGGAGGAUGAGGAAGACAGCGAGAGGAGAGUCGGAGAAAGGCUCUCAGGGACAGCCUUUAACCGUGUGUGUGUGGGGGACAGAGGUGAGGACGAAGACUCUGAAGACUCCGUAACAGGGACUAAGGUGAAGGUAAAGUACGGUCGAGGGAAGACCCAAAAGAUCUACGAGGCCAACAUCAAGAAGGCAGAGAACGAUGAUGGAGGAGAUGUCCUCUACCUAGUUCACUACUAUGGCUGGAACGUCAGGUAUGAUGAGUGGGUCAAAGCAGACCGGAUAAUCUGGCCUGUCGACAAGGGCGGAACAAAAAAGAAACAGAAAAAGAAAGUGAAGAAUAAAGAGGAAGGCGAGAAGGAGGAUGACAAGCAGGGGAAGCUGUGUGGCUUGAAGCGAGGUCGCCCUCUUCUUAGAACCACUUCCGCCAGCGCCAACCGCAGCGUCUCCAAGACCCCCAGCAGUGAGGGGCGCUCCAGCAGCAAGAGCAAAUCUGAUGUAUCAGCCCUGCCCAACGGAGAGGGUACCCCUCGCCGACGCACAAGAACAACCUCUGGGAUGUAUGACUCGGACAGGGAUUCUACCUCCAAUGAAGAAUCGGGGAACUCGUCAGAGGACAGUGAGUCAGAGGAUUCUCCUGAGAAGAAGCCUGCGUGGGCGGAGAGGACGGACCCCGCCACGGCCCGUAAGCAGGAGGAGGAGGAGGACCGGAGGGUGGAGAGAGGAAGAGCAGAGGCAGCAGCCGCCGCUGCAGCCCAGGUCGCAGCCCAGGACCAGCCCCCCAGCAGCCCUCAGGAGAAGGAGCAGCAGGAGGACACGCUCCCUGAGAGGAGGGAGCCGGAGAAGGCUGAGGAGCAGCCCCAGGUGCCCCCCAUGACCCCUGAACCCGACAGAACUAAGGAGGAGGACCCCCCUACCCCGAAAUCCCCCAGGUCUAAAGCAGCACGUAGAAGUAACGUUCGCGAGCCAGAGAGGAACCCCAACAACGACACUGGCUCUGAAACGCCCACCAAAACCACCAUCACCACUCCCAACAACACUGAGACCGAGUUGUCUCCCUGCCCACGCACCCUGAACAGGCAGGAUGAGCCCAUGGUGGUCCUACAUUGUCUCCCAGCUGAGCACAUUCCCAGCAUCCCCGACCUUCCCACCAUGGACUCUGACACAGACUCAGCCACGGAGGAGGAGAUCUGCAGGGAGGAGCGAGGUGUGGCCAAGCGUAAAGCCACUGAGCAGAGGACGCCGGACAAGAAGGUGCGUCUAGACAGGAGGGAAGAGACGGCCAGGAGGCCCGCUGACUCGCCAGCCAGGAGGCCCGCUGACUCGCCAGCCAGGAGGCCCGCUGACUCGCCAGAGUGGAGGCUGGAGGCGGGGGGACAGAGAGGCGAGGAGCGCCUGACGCCAGCAAAGGGUAAAACAGAGAUGCCUGCCCUCACUCCGGAAGUGCAGUGUCAAGGUCUAGGAGAGGGAGGUGUAGCAGGAGGUCGACCCAGGUCGGAGCAGCUAGCCUCAGGGGUCGAGGAGGAGGUGAUGCCCCAGAUCGGCCCUGAGGCGCUGGUCUGUCACGAGGUGGAUCUGGACGACCUGGAUGAGAAGGACAAGACCUUAGCAGAAGACCUCCUAAUGAUGAUGAGUCAAGGGAAGGUCCAUGCUCCCCCUCCGUCCAAUGCCUCCUCCCACCAGACCCACAACAACCCUCCUCUGUCCUCGGGGGGCGCUGCUCCUCCACUGGUCUUCUCCCCCACCUCUGCCCCCAGCCCUGAUGAGUCUCACAGCACCAAGAGUGAGAGCGACGUCCCCAUCGAGGUGGACAGUGUAGCCGGGGAGUCUCAGGAGGGGCUUGGUGAUAACGAGUCAGCCAACUCAAACUGUUUUGAAGCUAGCACCAGCUCCAGCAACUCCAGCAUGUCACUACAGGAGAGGGACACCAAGGACAGAGGUCAGAAAAGGUUGAUGGACUGCCAUAUGAGUUCUUCUGCAAAGAAGCAGAAGCGAAACCAGAAACGGCCAAGCACAACAUCCAAAAUUGAUAAGAACGGAGCAGGGCACAGCAGUGACAGUGAGGACCUGGCUGUCAUGGACACCUCUAGUAAGCUGGCUCCGGUGAAACACUCCAUGUCUAAAGGAACCCAGAAGCUGGUCUCUCCCAACAGUAAGGAGCUAGAGAAAUAUAAGCACAAAGACAAGCAGUCCUCCUUCCCCUCUCCUCGCACGUACAAGUGGACCUUCCAGCUCAAUGAACUGGACAGCAUGACAAGUGCUGAGAGGAUAUCCUUCUUACAAGACAAACUACAGGAUAUAAGGAAGUAUUACAUGUCACUCAAGUCUGAAGUAGCCUCCAUAGACAGGAGGCGGAAGAGGUUAAAGAAGAAGGAAAGAGAAGUGUCCCACACCACAGCGUCAACGUCGUCCGGCUCGUCAGACACUGGGAUGAGCCCCUCCUCUGCCUCUCCCACUCAGAACACUGUGGCUGUCGAGUGUAGGUGAUGACACGCCUCCUCCCCCAUGGCGACCACCUUGCCCAUCUCUGCCUGCCAGCCCAACAUCCUGCUGCCUCCCUGGAGACACUGGGUACAUCUGAAAUGGCACCCUAUUCCCUAUAUAGGGAAUAUCUUUUGGCCAGAAGCCCAUGUCAAAUGACCAGAGACCCUGGUCAAAAGUAGUCUACUAUAUAUAUAUGGUAUAGGGAUGGCAUUUGGGACGCAGUCACGUACUGACACAUAGGAGCAAGCGGCCUAAAGCACUCGACUGCCCCCGUCAGUCUCCUUUCACCCCUUUAUCCUUUCUACCGUAUCCCGUCCACCACUCUCACGUCCUGCCUCGUAGUCAUUAUGUCCACCUAUCGCAGUCGUCAGGAAAUGGAUUCCAUGUGAGUUGAAUGUAAAGGAAACUACAAACCCAAGAUACUCCUAGCCAAACCCCGUCAAACUCUCCAUCCUUGAACAGACCAUGGCACUUUUCUCCUCCCGCUCUGUCAGAACCACAGAAACAUAUAACCUCCUCUGGUUCCCCAAAACGGGACCAAUCUGGAUGCAGUAAUGAAUCAAUGAUGUCCCAGACAGAACCAGACAAAUGCAAUGUAUGUAAUCUACAAUGUAAAGGGUUCCUACCUAUGUUAAUAAUGGUCACUUAACCAGCUGGACAUGGUUUGCAAGAAGGUAAAUUAUGUUCGCUUGCACCAUCAGAACUGCCAAAGUACUAGUGUUACAGCAGAGUGCCCUAUUUUGGAAAAAUGUGAAAUUCAAUUGUGAAAGGGAAUGUAGUUUACUGAAAACUGCAGCUGUUGUCUUCCACUAUUGGAGUGUCAGCACAGAUUAAUUAUGCAAACAAUUUUUUAGUUCUUUUUAAGAAAAGGAAUUCAAAAAAUAAAAGGUUUACAGUGGAACAAGAGAAUGAUUUCAGUGGACUAAUUUCCUUUGCGAGUGUAUUUUGCCGUUUUUAUAUGUAAUUGCAGAGUUUUUAUUUUAGUAUGGAAAAUUUCAAAACUAUAUAUCACAGCAGUGAAGUUAUUUAAUGAAAGAUUUCUCGAACUGAAAUUGUGUAAAAUAGUUAUGGUUUGCUUUGUUAAAUAUAUUUAUUCUGUUGGUGGAGACUUUUGUAUUUUUUACAAUAUAGAGACAUGAAUCUUCCACAGUUUGGACAAUGGGAAAGUAUAUUGAAAUAAUGUAAUGUGCUCAUCUAAAAGCAAACUUUGUUUCAAUUGGGGAGCUACUAUGCAGUAGAUACACUGUGUACAAAACAUUAGGAACACCUUCCUAAUGUUGAGUUGCACCCCCCUUUGCCCGGGAAACUUGAGCGUGAAAAACCCAGCAGCAUUGCAGUUCUUGACACACACAACCAUACCCCGUUCAAAGGCACUUAACUCUUUUUGUCUUGCCCAUUCACCCUCAAUGGCACACAUACACAAUCCAUGUCUAUAUUUUAAGGCUUAAAAAUCCUUAUUUAAAAACCUCUCAAUUGAAGUGAUAUCAAUAAGGGAUCAUAGCGUUCAUCUGGUCAGUCUAUCAUGGAAAGAGCAGGUGUUCCUAAUGUUUUGUACACUGGGUUUGUUUUACCCCCAUUUCCAAUAGAGCCCACUACUUUCCCUAUUGUUUUUUUGGGAACACCAUCAUUUGAUGGCCUUCACUUUUUCACUUUGUUUCUUGGUACUUGUAUUUUAUUUAAAACAUCUUAUUUUCAACAUGAGUUCUGACCAAUUAAAAGUUGCAUAAGAAGCAUGUAUGUUAAGCCCAGGGGUUUCCUAUGAUUUGUUUCUUUUGUACAUAUUGUCCAAAACCAUGUAUUUGAAAAAUACAUUUUACAAACUGUAAAGGAUGAUUUAUUAUUAACCUCCUCUUUGUACAAGUAUAUUAAAACCUUUAUUUUUCUGUCAAGUUGGUAGAAACGUUAGCACACAGUGUAUAUAUUGAACCCCGUAGAAGAGAAUGGAAGCAUUCAUAACAUUUUAAAAUGUUUGUUUGACUUGAUUUCAUUGUGAAAAAAUGUACUUCUUAAAAUCGAAGUUGAUCUAGGGAUUCCUAGAUGAAGGUAUUACGAUUCCCUGAGCAAAGCCAUUGUAUCUUUGUAAAAUAAGCAGAGCUCUCCAUUUCUAAUAAAAGUUUUUAAAUAUU